GGUCGGCCAGUACGGCUGAGUACGGCUGAGUACGGCUGCCUUCGGAGGCCUUCGGAGCAGCGAUUCGCUUACCGUUUCUUCAAGUUUUUCGGGCUGAUACGGUGUGCGCGCCAAGUUACAUUCGUCGAGGAGUUUAAAGCAGCGACGGCAAGGUGUCAGGCCAAUCUGCGCCGCCACGAGUUCUCUACAUAUGAAGAAACGGUUUCUGGCGACGCGCGAGGAGAGCUGCGGGCAUGCAGCAACAACAAGCCAUAGGAAGUCCGAGAAGACAGCGCUCAGGGAAAGAGAGAGUGAGAGGUAGUGAGUAGAGGUGGGCGAGGAAACUAGUGACUUGCGGAAUAUACGUAUGGGCGAAGAGGGGAAGAAGCAAAGGAGACGUAGUAGUACAAGAGAGAGAGAGAGAGGAAGAAAGAGGAACGAUAAGAAGGAAUAGUAAAAGGAGACGAAGGCGGCGUAGAAGGUGGGAGGUUAUCUUUGGUGGGCCGGUGGCAUCGCCGGGACUUGCGACGGUCCAUGAGUAGCAGCACAGCCAGUGAGAGCGAGAGCGAGAGCGAGAGAGCGAGGGCGAGGGCGAGGACGAAGGUAGGAGAGAGUAAGAGGAGAACGAGAAGCCGGUCGUUUCGUCGUCACCGUGGUGCGAGCGUUCCGCUCGUAACCCGUGCAGCAGCAGCAGCAGCAGAACCAGCAGUAACGCCAGCAGCAGCAGCGAAACGCCUGAGCGACUGAACGUCUUGAGAAAUCCUUAGUUUGUGAAUUCGUGAGUCUUACCGGAGUGCCGAACGCGCGCGCUGCCAGUGAAAACUAGUGAAACUAGUGAAACGAGGAUAACUAUAGUGAAUCGAAGUGCGUAAGGGCCACGAGCCCACCGGGCCUUUUGGCCCUUGGGCUCCGCAGCCCCGGAGCUCGAGAACCUCCUCUCCCUCGCCGAGGAUGACUCCGACGGAGAGGCUUUAUUAGUUUGACGUCGCUCUCGUGCGUCUCUCUCUCUCUCACUCUCUCUCUCUCUCUCUCUCUCUCUCUCGCUCGGUGCAUUCAAGGCAACAAACGGUGCGGCACACGAACGGCUGGUCGGUCGGUCGGUCGCUCGGUCGCUCGGUUGACUGGUUGGUUGCUGGUUGGUUGGUCGAUCGGUCGGUCGGUCGGCCGGUCGGCUGGAGGAACGUAAGUGCGACGAAGUGCUAUAGAGUGUGGCACGACGAGAGGAGUGGGGCGACGCGGGGCGCGGGCCGCGGGGACAGGGGCGUGCGCGCGAACCCCUCUGUGCGCGUGUGCGUGUGCGUCAGAAACUCGUGUCCGUUCUUCUCCUCGUGAUGUGUGCGUCUUCUUUGUGAGAGGAGCGAGUGAGAGAAAAGGAAGGAGGAUAACUAGACGGAGCAGACGUGUCCUUAACUUUGCGAUCGUUCCUCGUUACGUAUUGCGACGAGGACGACAAGGACGGAGUAACGACGACGACGACGACGACGACGAAGACGACAACGACGAAGAAGAAGAAGAAGAAGAAGAAGAAGAAGAACAGAGCGAUUGCAGUGUAAAAGGAUUAUCAAUUCAAGUUUGAACUCGUCAGCAUGGCCGUUUAUUCUUAUGCAGAAUCUACGUUACGCUGAUAGGAAUACCAUUGACAGCUUGGUUCCUUCGUAAUUCUCAAUACAUCGCUACUCGAUCCUCCUUCCUUGCCUUCUUCUCCUCCGUAAUAAAAUUUAGGUUGAGACUAUCCGAUCAUCCGAGAAAGAUGCAAGUGGCAACGUUGUUCAGGGAGAGCGCUACCUUGCUGGGGGCCUCUAACUUGGACCCACCACAAACCCACCUUCACGCUCUCCAGCAACAGCAACAGCAGCAGCAGCAGCAACAGUCGCCGCAACAGCAGCAGCAACAGCAACAACAACAGCAACAACAACAGCAACAGCAAUCACCCACAGAUCAUAAUCUGGGGCAACAUUUGCAACACCAUUACGAAAUCUCGUACCCGUCCCCAGUGCACAAUGGCACGCAGAGCGGCCAAACCAUGAGCUGCUCGGGAACGCAAGGCGUUCUAGUGAAACAGGAGGCUAGAGACGAUGGAUACGAGACGAGUCCAGAUCUCGAGAUGAGAAGUACAGGCGGCGACAGUAGUCAACAGUACCACACGCCCCUGACCCCACACACCCCACACACACCUCACACUCCCCACACUCCUCUCACCCCGAUAUCGGCCACCCCCCAACAACCUCAGCAGCCCAGCUCGACCGCUUCUGCCCUCGGACAGGUGACGAUUAAAUGCGAAACACCGGUGGACCCUUACUCGUUUGUAGACGAAGAGAUGUCCAUUGCUGGAGGCAUAAGAGCCACCAGCAGCCCGACUGUAAGUACAGACGGCGUGAACCCAACGUCGUGCCCCAGCGGUGCCCACUCGAUGACGCCCUGUUCAACGCCACCCGGAUCUACAACCUCCGUUAUACAAAAUGGCCAACAUUCGACCUCCCAGCAUCAUCUCUCACAUCCCAAUCAUCACCAUCAUCAUCAGCAUCAUCAACAUCAGCAUCACCAUCAGCAGCAGCAGCAGCAGCAGCAGCAUCACCACCAUCAUAAUCAUCAUCAACAGCCCCAUCAAAAUAAUAAUUCACAAUCGCAGCAGCAACAGCAGCAGCAGCAGCAACAACAACAACAACAACAACAAACAACUCUGACAACCAUAAACAACGUUGUGACAAACAAUCUUCAACUUGGGCAUCAACCGAAGAAACGCGGCCGCAAAAAAAAAUGCGAGAUGGUACUCACCCCCGAGGAGGCAGAGCUUGCGGAAGCGAAGAAACGAGCAAAAACCUACAAGGAGAGGAAGAAACACGACAGGUUCGACGGAAUGCCUGAGGAGGAAGUGAGCAAGCGCGUACUUCCGGAUCAUCUCUCGAGCAAUCUUGAUAUCAUCAUAAUUGGCAUAAAUCCUGGACUCUUUGCCGCUUACAAAGGGCAUCACUACGCGGGACCUGGAAACCACUUCUGGAAAUGUUUACACUUGAGUGGACUCACGCCAGAACCAUUGACGGCUGAUGACGAUUAUAAACUUCUGAGACUCGGCAUUGGCUUUACGAACAUGGUUGCUCGUGCCACCAAAGGAAGUGCAGAUCUCACAAGAAAAGAAAUUAAGGAAGGUAGCCAUAUACUACUGGAAAAAUUGAGGAAAUAUAAACCAAAAAUUGCAGUUUUCAACGGAAAGCUCAUUUAUGAGGUAUUCUCUGGAAAAAAGGAAUUUGGAUUUGGGAGGCAACCGAAUCUUGUGGACGGGACAAAUACUUAUAUGUGGGUAAUGCCAUCGAGUAGUGCACGAUGCGCUCAAUUGCCUCGAGCUGCUGACAAAGUGCCAUAUUAUGCAGCUCUGAAGAAGUUUAGAGAUUAUCUUAAUGGUACUAUAUCACAUCUUGACGAAUCAGACAUUGUUUUUGCGGACUCCAAGUUAAAAAAGAAAGAGCAGGAUGUAAUCGAAGACAAGAAGCCUGUCUUCAGUGAUGAACUUUGUUCUGAUCCUGACAAUAGAAUAACUGAAAUAAGUAGCGCAGUCAUUGUGAAACAGGAGCCAGGACUUGUACCAGGUAAGAAGAAAAGAGGUCGCCCCAAGAAGAUUAAAAAUCCUGAUGAACAGCCGAUCCCUGACCCUGAGAAACUUGAUGCCAAUGGUGAGGUCAUAAAGAAACGUCGUGGGCGUCCCAAAAAAAUACAUCAACAACAGAAGCAGCAGGAGCGGGAGGCACGUGAAAAUGAACAGCAGCAGCAACAGCAACAACAAAAUCAUCAACAUCAUCAGCAUCAUCAGCAUCAUCAGCAACAGCAACAGCAACAACAGUCAAUUAAUCACCAGUUGAGUGAAGGAUAUGGCAGUCAGAAUAUUCCAAGCUGUUUCUCACCACCAUUGAUGUCUCCGCCAAAGACCUUCCCACAUAUGGCACCAUACUCUCAGUCUCUCAGUGAUUCAGGAUUUUUUGCGCAGGCCUUAAAUGAUAGCCCGUACAGCCUCAGUGCAAAACAGAGUCCUGUUCACCUUCAACAUUACAGCCAAAGUCCCAAGUCUAUGUCGCUCUCGUUUACGCAUUCGGAUCUCUCAUCCGAAAUAAAUACUGCGAUUUCUUCGGAGAACAAUCUUGAGCCAUCACCUCUUACAUCGCCCAGUGUUGAACAUCCUGACUUCGAACUUCCAACGAGUAUCUCGCAACAGAAUUUGAAUGCUGAGCAUCGAGGGUAUAAUCACGGUACGACAACAGAUGGCGGUACGAGUGUCACAACGGGUACCGCCAGCGAAAACAGUCCCGGUGCGAACUACGCGAGCUAUAUGGGCUACCAUGAGCAGCAGAGCAACGAGACUACACAUUCCCAUUCGAUGUCUCAUUCCCAUCCUCAUCCUCAUCCUCAUACGCUUCCAGAAUCCCAAGCUCUGGGGCAUUCCCAUUCCCAUUCGCAUCCUCAGUUGAACGCGCAUUCUCACCAAACAACAACCAAAGUCGCAGUAGAGAAUCAUUCACAUCAGACUUCGCCACAUGCUCAUUCUCAUACACCGACACACAGCUCUAUGUCGCCUCAUGAUUCUCACGAGCAAUACAGCAUCAAGAGGAACUCUGGACAAGACGUUGCUUCGAAGAGUCUCAGCGAUCUCGAAUCCUUGGUUGAUCAGAUACCGAGUAUAGCGGAUGGUGGAGCAGGUGCAGGCACUCCGGGUAGUGUAGGCGUUGGCAUUGGCGUUAGUGUCACCCAAAGACAUAUGUCUCACGCCGGCAUAUCAGAAGAGUCGAUGGCUGAUAAACUCGAGACUCAUCAGUCGAGCUAUCUUUCUGGUUUUCCGGGCGGCAACAUGUCAAACUAUAGCCCACCUCUGUCGACCGCCGGUGCAAUUUAUCCCGGUUCUUUACAUCAUACAAACCCCGCUGAUAGCUAUAGUUCCCUUUAUGGUGUUAAUUCUCGGCAUCAUAUCCACACGGAGUCUCAACACCAACAGCAGCAGCAUCAUCAGCAUCAUCAUCAUCAUGCGCAUCAUCAUCAUCAGCAACAGCAGCAGCAACAACAGCAGCAGCAGCAGCAACAACAGCAGCAACAACAACAACAACAACAACAACACAGCAAGUCAUACACCGUGGAAAAUCUCGCUUCGAGUAAUUACACUCCGAGUAUGAAUCAUACGCAUCCAGGAAACUCGUAUCCAAAUCUUAUUGCCGGGCCACAUUAUCCGGUACCAAUGGCUUCGACGAAUGGAUACCUCUUUGGUAGUUUGGAAUCGACUUUAAUGCAACGUACUUACGGUAUGGGCGGUAUGGCCGGUAUGGCCAGCAUGAGUGGUAUGCCUGGCAUCGCUGGUAUGAGCAGUAUGAGUGGUAUGAACGGUAUGAGUAGUAUGAGUGGUAUUCCUCCGGGGAUGCAUCCGUCCCUGGGGCACAUGGCUAAUCCUUAUCCUUACAACAGUUCGUAUCCGAGUUCUUUCGAGCCAUACGGAGUGCCACCACCGCCACCAGCGUCGUCAGGCCCGGGACCUGGAGUCGUAGCAGUCUCCGCAUCGACACCAGCUUCCACGUCGGUUGGAACGUUGUCCAUGUCGGUCGCCGCAUCUACGAGUCAAAGUCCAACGACGUCAGGGAACGGUGGUAUUGGCAUCGGUAUCGGAAUUGGCGUCGGUGUUGGAGUGAACGGCAUACACGUACCGAGCGCUAAUUAUUCCGGAUACGGCGCGGGAAAUUUGACGCCGACACCGACAUCACCGUACCUUCCAAGUCCUCACCACCAUCACCAUCAUCACCAUAGACCACCACUUGACCUUGCCUACGACGGCGUAUGAUAGUCAAUGUAAGAUUAAUGCGUUUGGAUGAUUCCCGCAGGAAGGCUCUUUUCUACGUAUUUUUACAUGCUAGGAAUUUAUGUAUUUGGCGGUGUUAUUCUCACAAUUGUGAGAUCGAUUCUCCUUCCCUUCCUCCCAAUCAUGUCAUUUCCGUCUGGUUGUGUUUCUUUUUUUUCUUGUCUUUUCUUUUUUAUUGCCAUUUCUUAAAUCAGUCUGCUUCGUUUGUACUUAUCGUUAGUCCGUGAAAAAAUAUAGACCGACGGAUUAAUUUGCAAAGAAGGAAUCGCAAAUGUUGGAUGCUGCUGCUGGAUUUCUUUGCCGAUCGACCUCGCGAACGGUCGUCAGAACAGGUCGAUGGCAAUGACAAUGACAAUGGGACGAAAGGUCGAAUCGAAUGACUGAAGAGCAUCUGAAGUUUAAAACUCGGCCGUAUGCAUAGGACUGAUAGACAAUUCUUUUAUUAUUAAUUACGAAAGGACACGAUCUCGUUCCUCAACGUAAAAGAAGAAAGUAAUGUUGAAAAUUGGUUAAUAAGGUCUGCCAUUUGUUGAAUAAGUGCUACGCAGUCACCGGUGUUAAUCGCAAAGAGAAAAUUGUUUUUCCUUCUGUUUUUCCAUAUAAAAAAAAUCAACAUGACUUUCCCUAAUGUUUUUGCUCAUGUUUUUUCUUUCUAUCAUUCUUGUCGCUCCUUACUCUCUAACUACAACAUUGUUGCAAUCAUCGUCACUGUUGUUGCUGUUGUUAUUAUUGUUAUUGUCAUUAUCGUAAUAAUUAUCGUCGUCAGUGUCGACGUCGCCGCGCCAUAUCGUCAUUCUCAUAGGUUUUUUAAAAGUGAAGAACAAACCCACCGCGCUGUCGCCAUUAACUCUAACAUUAUUAACUGUUGAACUUGAACCUGCGAUACUUGGAGACUCGAGCUCAUUUUCGAAUUUGAAGGUAAUUAUUAUUUAUCGUUAUUGACCAUGGAUAAUGCCGUAAAUAUUGUCAUGCUACGUUACUUUAUGUCAGUAUCAUAUUCUAUAAUAUUUUGUAUUUUUAACGUUACUGCGUUUAUCAAUUAACGUAUGGCAUAAUCAAUCCUGUAUCGCUAUAUUAACGCUGUAAAAUGCUAUGUCGGCAUUAUUAUACAUUAUUAUACAUAUUAUACAUAGAAAAGGAGGAAGAAAAUAGUCGCGUGGAAGAGGAUAAAGGGUGGUGAGAAAAAGAGAGAGAGAGAGGAGAGACUAUGUGCGACGAGGAAGGACGGGAGGAAGAAAGACAAAAGCCGAUUGACAUUAUACAUAAAAUAUAAAUACAUAUAUUGUGUCGAAUAGCCGUAACACGAAUAAUGUUUAUCGAGUAAUCACAUUAUAAGUACGUGUCGAGACAUUAAGAAGAAGAUGCACAGGGUAUAGAUGAAGUCGUUGAUAUAGUAACUAAUGUCUACGUAUGUAAAGUGAUGCGUGUGUUUUGUGUGUUGUGUGUUUGUAUAUCACUAUUCGGUUGGCACGUGCCUCCGACUGCGCAUGUAAUUAUAUAUACACACACACACACGCACAAACACACACACGCCCCGACGUGCGCGCGGACGCACACGCACACGCACACGCAGGCAUACAUUUUAAUGCACUGUGUGUACGUGCGCGCGUGUAUAUAUAUGUAUAUACAUACGAUACACUAUAUGUUUCUUUCGUUUCAUCGGCCUCAACAAGUAAAUUAAUGAAAACCGACAACUUAGUAAAUGUUUUCCAAAAUCCAUUCCGGUUUCAUUGAGAAAUAAAGUAUAGAUGUCGUAAAUGUUAA